AUGGUUCGUAUGCUUGCUCUUCUUGGAGGCGCGUGCUUUGCCGCCGCGCAAUCCACUUCUCCGACCUUCACCCCUCCCCCCACCCCUGUGGCGUGGUCCAUGAAGAAGGUUCGCUCGGUCCAAGCUCGUGUCCAAUCGUCGCCGCCUGUGUGGGAUGCAAACCAGAAAGCAUUCGUUGCCAACUUCAAGAACCUCAGCCCUGACCCGACGUUCCGAUGGCAGGCGUCGCUGGACACAGUCAACACGGCUAGUGUCGAAGGUGCGUUGUUCUACGUGCAAACGGAAGGCAUUGGCCUCGACGUAGACAAUGCUUGCUCGCGCAAGACCAACAUGACGUACAUUUGGUUUUACGACAUUACGAUUGUUCAGCCGUACUUUGCGGUGUCUGAGUAUGGCACGGACGGCGGCGUCAUUCCUGAAUACGGUGCGUUCGUCGCCAUGGACAACGGCAUGUGCACCCUGCGGGAAACCACCAUCCCAGAGCAAUGCUUGCAGUUUUCUGGCCUCAACUACAACCCGAACCUUGGUCCGUACGUUGGAGGGGAGCCUCGCAAGACCCACCCCAAAGGGAACUACGCCGACAACGUGUGGUUUUCAUUCCCAGGCCCUUGUUUCAUUAAGCCGUUUGACCAAAAGUCGACCACUUGCCGCAACGAUCCGGCGAUGAAGGGCGGAUUGUGCCCCAAGGGUGUGGCGCCCGACGGUGUCACGUGCACGUACUCGUUCGACGUGUUGGGCUACGUGAGCAUCGACGACUUGGUCGGCAUCACGAGCUUGCCCGUCCCCGGCUCCCCGACCCAAAACUUCACGGACCGUGUCCAGUUUUGCAAGGCCGGUGGCAUUGAGUACAACUUUGACACGAGCUUUUCCAACUUGACGUUCUGGAACGACCCGUUGAACGUGACGGCCAACGCGGAACGCACCAAGAAGAUGAUGACGCUGUACUCUGACACUGUGACCGCCGGCAAGGGCGUCGCGGCCAACUUCAAGCCGUUCCCCAACGUCACGGACCUCACCGCCGCGAAUCCGCCGUGCUACGUGAACAACAUUUUGUGCUCUCAAAACGCCCUUGGCUGCAGACGUCGCCUGCUUGCGCAAGUGUGCGAAUUAUGCACCGUCGACAGCCCUGAAUGUGUCAAGAAGCCGUCGAACGCCGCUCCUUUCCCGACACUCGUCAAACAGUUCUCGCCGCCCAGGCCCACAUUGGCCAACGGAAAGCCUGCACCGCCGGCACUUCAAGAUGGCCAAGUGGUCCCGAAUCGCCUGGUCGGGCUCGCCAACUUGACGUUGGCGCCGUCCUCGCUGACCAAAGCGGUGCAGCGCCAGGCGGAUCUGGUGCUGCGCAAGUCCGCGACGCGAGGAAAUGUGCGGGAACUCCUGCCAGGACAGAUGGUCGUCCUUGACACUGCGCGGACCUUCGAGACCCAGCAACAUGACUGUAUGCUGGACCCGACGCUGUGCAUCCCGGCGGACUCUUCACACUCCGUACAAUAA